AACUAAAAUAUAAAGUAAAAAGAAAAGUAUUGUUGUAAUUCUUAUCUUGCUUGCAGAUUAUUUGAAAACAGAAUGGCUGCCGAGAAAUUGUGUUUUGUGCUCCUGGUGCUAAUGGUGACGCUAGUUGGCAGUAAAAUUCAAAAAGAGAAAUUCAAGAAGGAAUCAGAAGAGAGGUCCUUGAGACAAGUGACGUGUGGUGCAAACCAGUUCCACUGCGCAGACGGGCUGGAUUGUUUUCCCGCCAGCUUCUACUGCGAUAAAGCUGUGGACUGCCGGGAUGGAUCAGACGAAGUCGGCUGUCCUGAAAACUGCACUGGUCCAAAUGAGUUCAAGUGUCAGAAUGGUAACUGCAUCCCUAAAAGUUUUGUCUGUGACACUGACAACGACUGUGGGGACAUGUCUGAUGAAGUAGACUGCCACCUACGUGAAUGUGAUGCUGGUGAAGUGAAGUGUGACAACCAUAAAUGUAUCCCACAAAACUGGGUCUGUGACGGGGGCAAUGACUGCGGCACCAACUGGGACGAACGUAAUUGCGUUCAAUCCUGUGAAGCUGAGCACUUCAUGUGUGCCGACGGCUCCAAAUGUGUUCCUGAUCACUGGGUGUGUGACCACGCCUAUGACUGCCACGACCGAACAGAUGAAGUAGGCUGCAUAUGUAACGAGACGACGCACUUCCAAUGUCCGGACGGCCGCUGCAUCAAUGGAGCCUGGAGAUGUGAUCGAGAUAACGACUGCGGGGACGCCUCUGAUGAACUGGGAUGUCCUACGCUUCACCCUUCCAUCUGUCUUGACUACCUGGGAAUCCGUGACUGUGCCCUGCUGAACGAGACCACUCACCCCAUAUGUCUGAACCACGAAGACGGGUACAAGUACUGCCGGGAGUACUGCAGGCUGUGUGCCACAAGGAUUAAAAUUUAAUCUAUUUAUUUUGGUUGUAAACUCGGGACUCGAUGACUGGCCCCUGCCAUGUACUUGUUGAUCAGUAAUAAAUAUUUGCAAACGAA